AUGCCGCGCAAAGAAUCAGGCCUCAGCCGGGCGGUCCUCGCCGCCUCCCUUGGCCUCUCGCUUCUCUACGCUGUCGACAGCCUCUCCGCGCCCAGCUACUAUCGCAUGGCCACCAAAGCCGGCUCCACCACCUUGCUGUCCCUGUAUUCCCUACUCCGCGUCGGAGCCGUGGAAGCUCGAGCGUCCGCCAUGCUCGCGGCUCUCUCCUCCAUCAUGGUCAAGUUCCUCGUGCCCCGCGUCGAGGUGGACCUGCGCCUCCCUAUCCUAGUCUACUCCACCACCAUCGCCGCCAUGGUGAUUUCCUCCCUCACCAUGAUCAACGGACGCGUCAUCGCGGGCGCUGUCUCCUUCACCAUCUCGGACUCCAUCCUGGCCACCGAGAAGUUUCUGCUCUCCGGGCUCGCCGCAUAG